CAGAAAAAAACAGGAAUUAUCAUCAACAUAUGAACUCUAUCAGUUGUUCUUCAACCGUUGGGAUUAGGUCAAGAUGGAGACCUAUAAUUGGAUUUUUUUACUUCUGGUAUCAGGAAUAUCAGCUCGAUCAUCUCAUUUAACAAAUGAGCACCAACACGUUAUCUCCAAUUCAACGCACUGUUCAAAAGGUAAAAUUGGUACAGAACCUUGUAAAAUUGGAUCCUGUUGUCAACCAUUGGUAAGAUGUCCAGCUCAUGUAAGAAUCAAAGAAAUUCAACAUUGUAUUACCUUAGAGGGUAAUAUUGGAGCCUGCUGUACCACAGGAUCAAAUCAUACAGAGCCUUUGGAAGAAAAAAAGAGGGGUCACAAGAUCAUCAGAACAGACCCCUUCACACUGAAUCUCGUCAGAAGACAAAGCAAAGAGCACCUUGCAGAUUUGAGGUCAAAGGAAGCUAAGUUGAUGUCUUCUAGUAAACAUGCUAUACUAAGUCGCACUUCCUCUAGCUACAGUCACUUUAGAAAUUCCAGAAUGUUCAAUUCAGCUGAUUUACAUCAAGUCAUGGAGAUUGCCAGCAAGGCUUUGGAGAUUGCGAUUGCUACAAGAGCAUUCAGAGACAGGCAAGGAAUCACCACAGAACAAUUGGAAUUGAGUAUGCUGCAUGACGACCUCAGGACAACACCUUUAGGAGGAGCCUGCACGCCACUGCCUUUCUGUCAUUCCGUUCCAGAUAAGUAUAGGAGGAUCGACGGUGCUUGCAAUAAUAUCCUGCAUUCUACUUGGGGUGCUCAUCUGACACCUUACGCUAGACUUCUUCCUCCAAGUUACCAUGAUGGUGUUUGGUCGCCAAGGGUCUCAGAGCACGACGGCAAGCCACUGGCCAGCCCAAGAAUGAUAAGCACGACCCUCUUCAAGGACGAAAAUGUCUACCAAACCGACCGCACCCUCUUGGUGAUGCAGUUCGGUCAGUAUCUGUCUCACGAGAUCACACAGUCCAUUGACACUUCCUUCAGAAAUGGAAGUGCCAUAGCCUGCUGCGAACCAGACGGCAGCGCUCCUUUGGAUCCAGAGAGCCGUCACGACGCUUGCAUGCCCAUAGAUAUACCUCAUGACGACCCGUUCUACUCUGUGUUCCAACAGAAGUGUAUGAAUUUUGUCAGAUCCGUUUUGGCACCAAGAGAAGACUGUACCCUAGGAUAUUCGCAGCAGAUGAACAAAAUCACCCACUUCAUAGACGGUUCCUCCGUGUAUGGCUCAACGCCGGAUCAGACGGGAGAGCUGAGAAGCUUCGAAGACGGCAAACUGAAGACCUUCGAGGAUUUUGGCAGAGAUCUUCUGCCAAUCAGCAAAGACACGGACGCCUGUCUCACGAUGGAGCAGGGUUCUGCCUGCUUCAGCUCGGGCGAUACCAGGACCAACCAGAUGAUAACAUUGGUCGCCAUUCACACCGUCUUCAUGAGGGAGCACAACAGGAUAGCGUCCGAGCUGUUGAAGCUCAACCGUCAUUGGUCAGACGAGAAGCUAUUUCUCGAGGCCAGGCAGAUUUUGGUGGCUGAGUUGCAGAUUGUGACUUACAAGGAAUUCUUACCGGCAGUCAUAGGUGAAGAAGCUAUGAAAGACUUCGGGCUUAAUCUGAAAGAUGGAGAAGAAUACUCCUACGACUACGAUCCUUCUAUAGAACCCUCAGUCACCAACGAAUUUGCUGCUGCUGCUUUUAGGUUCGGCCAUUCCAUUGUUGAUGGCCAGUUAAAGAUAUACGGUCGCAAGAAAAUGGAAGAAGUCAUCUUCCUACCGGAAGUGAUGUUCCAUCCAUCCAGAAUGCGUAAGAGGUUCUUCUUAGACCAAGUUCUGAGUUCCAUUACUAAUGAUCCAAUACAAGCAUCGGAUGAGUAUAUGUCAGAUGCAUUAACAAGGUACAUGUUCAGAGCUGGAAAUCCAUUUGGCGUGGACCUAGCAGCCUUAAACAUCCAACGUGGUAGAGACCAUGGUCUUAGGUCUUACAAUGACUAUAGAGAACUUGUUGGACUACAACCAUAUACCCAUUUCGAACAGUUUGGACGAUUGGGUAAAACAUUAAGCACAGUCUAUAGUAAUGUUGACGAUGUCGACCUAUGGGUUGGAGGUUUGCUAGAAGAAAAACCAGAAGGAAGCAUAGUAGGUCCGGUGUUCAGAGAUAUAAUAGCAGAUCAAUUUGUCAGAUUGAAGAAUGGCGAUAAAUACUUCUUCGAAAAUGAUCCCAGUUUGAAUCCAGGUCAUUUCACUCCAGCUCAACUCAAGGAAUUAAGAAAAACUACUAUGUCUCGUAUAAUAUGUGAUAAUAGCGAUGGUAUCCUACUGGCGAAACAAGCUCUGAAUGCUUUCAAAGCUCCUGGAAUUUCAGGGAACGAUGUGGUGGAUUGUAAGAGUGAUGCAUUGCCUAGUAUCGAUUUGAGACACUGGAGAGAAGGAUUCUACAACUAAUUGAAAGCAUAAGCAAAUAAUUUAUUUCACCAAUUUCGGUACUUAUAUUUCUUAUACAUGUAUUAUUUGUUCGCAUUGUUGUGAGUUUUAUAUUUUGUACAAUAGUUGAUAUUUAUACCUGUUUGUUACUGAGCUGAACUUCAUUAUUUUCAUUAAUAAAAUAUGAAAAUUGUUUUAUAA